CAACACGCCUGCAGCGUUAACUCGUGAAACUGAUUUCUUCAAAGCGGCUGGUGCACGUUUAGGUGCUUUGUAUAACCUUUAAGUGUGCCCUAGAUUUUUAAUGCCUGUUUUUUUUAGUUCGGGAAAUACUAUUUUGGUGGAUUUAGCCCAUUUCGUUCCGUUAUCUGCUGUGACAGUGGGAAAAGUCAGCCUCGGCGUGGACGUGGUCAGUUGGCGUGUCCCGUGUCGGAGUGACGGCUGUGCAGUCCUAUGAUUCCUCCGAAACAAUUUUUGCGCUGGCCCCUUUUCUAACAUACUGUAUCGCUAACUUUAGUUAUACCGUGACCUAUUUACACCUUCGUUGGAAGUUGAAGACAGUCCGGGUUCAAGAUGUCGGUAGCGGGUUUCAAGAAGCAGUUUUAUAAAGCCAGCCAGAUGGUAAGUGAGAAAGUUGGGGGUGCUGAAGGAACUAAACUAGAUGAUGACUUCAGGGACUUGGAACGGAAAGUAGAUGUGACCAGUAAAGCGGUAGUGGAGGUUAUCUCCAAAACAUCAGAGUACCUUCAGCCCAACCCAGCAUCACGGGCCAAACUAUCCAUGUUGAACACCAUGUCUAAGAUCCGCGGUCAGGUGAAGAACCCAGGCUACCCUCAGGCCGAGGGGCUGCUAGGAGAAUGUAUGAGCAAGUAUGGACGGGAGCUCGGAGAGGAAACUAACUUUGGCGGAGCGCUAGUAGAUGUUGGAGAGGCCAUGAAGAGAUUGGCAGAAGUCAAAGACUCUCUAGAUAUCGACGUCAAACAGAACUUCAUUGAUCCAUUGCAAGGGCUCUGUGACAAGGACCUCCGAGAGAUACAGCAUCACCUGAAGAAGCUGGAAGGCCGUCGCUUGGACUACGAUUACAAGAAAAAGCGUCAGGGCAAGAUCCCAGAUGAGGAGGUUCGACAGGCCCUGGAGAAGUUUCAUGAGUCUAAGGAAGUGGCCGAGACGAGCAUGUACAACCUGCUGGAGACUGACAUAGAGCAGGUGAGCCAGCUGUCAUCCCUGGUGGAGUCCCAGCUGCAGUACCACAGACAGGCUGUGCAGGUGCUGGAGGAGCUUUCUGACAAACUGAAAGAGAGGAUGAUUGAUGCUCAGACUCGACCAAGACGUGAAUACACACCUAAACCCAAACCUAUCUUUGACUUCGGAGACGACAACCCUUCAAAUGGCGGCUACUCAACCUCAAUGGCUCCUCCUCCUUCACGCAACUCAGCCCCGGAGCAGCCGAGCUGUAAGGCGCUGUACGACUUUGAGCCAGAGAACGAGGGAGAGCUGGGCUUUCGCGAGGGCGACAUCAUCACGCUGACCAAUCAGAUUGACGAGAACUGGUACGAGGGCAUGCUCAACAGCCAGUCGGGAUUCUUCCCUCUCAACUAUGUUGAGGUUCUGGUCCCACUGCCACACUAAUAUAAAGAGAGCAGGAGAGCUAAGGAGGAGACUGAUGGAGAGGAGGAGGAGGAGGAGGGAGAGAACAAGUAGAAUUAGUAGAGAGGGAGGCUAGCGAAGCCAAGGGAUGAAUAUUCAUUUUCACCUUCAGCUCCAACGUCAGCAUCACAGACGAGCACUUUUUUUGUCAUCUGGAGUUCUGGAGGAGAUGGUCACAUUUCAAAGUCCAGACCAGAAUAUCAACCUGUUCCACCAAAAGGUAAAAAAGAUGUUAUUAAAUGGACACAAAAUGUCAUCGUCCGUCAUCUGGCAGUCAGAAACAUUUCCUGAGGACUAACAGAUGACACGUUUUUUAUAAGCAAUAUUUGUCUUUAACCACAAAUUACUGACAUCGUAAAGAUAACUUGUAUUAAAUCGGGUGAUUGUGAUGAUGGUGACACGUAUCAUGUCAUCCUUUUUUGUGUGACUGCAGUCUGUCUAAAACUCAGGUUGGUCACCGAACUAACAGUCCGUUUUCAGACUGAAGAGCCCAACUCAAACCUCACAGUACACGGCAUGUGGAACUUGACUGAAUAUUUUCCUUAUUUCAAAACUUUGUUUGGACUGGAGCUUAUCUCUUGAUGCCACCUGCUGGCGAGACUGAGGAUUGCUUUUACAAAAAAAAUAAAAAUAAAUAAAUGGAACUACACACGACUAGAAAUGUAGUUUUAGCUAGUUGCAUCUAAAAAGGAAAAAAUAUUGCAUUCACAUUUUUAAUGAGAAACAAAAUUAGCCUCCGAUUUGUGAUUUAGAUCGUUUUGAGGUUUGGGCCUAUUUGUAAAGCUCUUUUUAAAGCUCUAUGUCUAAGCUGUGCUACCAUGAUUGCUUCAGAAUACAACAGGCCUGAUACAGCGGUUCCCUUAUAUUGUUUCAGUAUUUGAUGUUGUCUCUAUCAACCCUACUACAGUAGUUUUAAAAUAAGUUGAACUGCUUACUGAAUAUGUGAGAAAAUGUUGUAAUGCACCUUGGUCCUCAAAUGAGAUUGACGCGUUUGUGUGUGUGUGUGUGUGUGUGUGUGUGUGUGUGUGUGUGUGUGUGUGUGUGUGUGUGUGUGUGUGUGUGUGUGUGUGUGUGUGUGUGUGUGUGUGUGUGUGUGUGUGUGUGUGUGUGUGUGUGUGUGUGUGUGUGUGUGUGUGACAGACGUACUCCACCAUUACACACAGACCCAAAGUUAAAUGCAGACGUUGCACCUUUUUGUCACUCAAGGCACACGUGUGUUUGUCGUGUAGACGUGCAGAGCGAUUAGUUGUUUAGUUGCAAGUCUGUUCAAAAGAGGAGACAGAGCCAAAAAGUCUUUAUAAGAUGCAAUAGAAACAUAUCGCUUGGUUGCGCCUGUUUGUUAAACUGCUAACUAUUCUGUAACAUAGACCUAUAUAUUCAUUUAGUUUUUUUAGGGGCCCGUUUGUCUCUCUCAGCAUGUUAAAGCCUUUUCCCUUUUUUAUUUGGUUUUUGAGCCGUUUUAGGCGCCUGUUAUCUCCAUGCAGUGGCUGAAUAGAUGACGCUGCUGGCAGCGACUCAAUCUUUCAUCUUCAUCGCUAUGUGUCCCGCUAUGUCCGCGUCGUGUCUUUUGAGAAUGUGAAAACUCAUCUGUGCUUUGAAACAUAUUCAGACCCUGUGAUUCUGAUGCUUCCCAAUGGCCCCGAUUGGAUUGAUUUGUUAGUACAUCGGGCCAAUGUUCCUGUUUAGUGAGUAAAGGUUUCCUGUUCUGGGUUUAGCCACAGUAUCCCCCCCCCCACAUGCAGGUGGAGUAUAAUCCAAUAUACACCUUAUAGUAUGAGGGAAAGACCUGGAGUGAAAGGGAAAAAAACGUGAAGGGAAAAAAAAUAAUUGUAAGCUGUUGUCCAUUUUGACUACUUUGGAGAACUUUUGUUACCAAACACGAAUCCUUACCAAACACGUGUGGUCGGUCCAGCUGAUUUUGAAUUGUCUGAAAAAAAAAGUUUUAAUCGUAAAUGACAAAUGUGUAAUCCUUUACUGUUUGCAGUAUGUUACUUUCUGCUACAUUUCCCCUCUUUGUAUCCACCCCUGAGUUAGGUCCUUGUCUAAUAUGUUUACAUCUCUGAUCUUACUACAUUUCAAUGCUUGUAUCAAGUUCAGGGCAAAGUCAAAGGACUGUAGAAGGUGCUGUCUGGAUCACCCGGUUAUCAACAAGUCCUAGCUAGCUUUGUUUGUUUUAGUGCCUUUUGGAAAAGAAAGGAGAAAAGUACCACAACUAAUCCCAACAACCAAAACCUAACCCAGCUACUUAAGAAUAAUGUCCAAAAUGUCUUUUUCUACUUUUGGUUUUCAUUUUCAGCCGUUGGCACUUUCCUGUGUAAAGAUGAACUGUAUGUGUGCACAUUUCUGCACAGUUCUGACACUACAGGCAGUUUCGUGGACAUGUGUUGUUGUUUGGACUAAUGUGAAGUUUAUCAGCAGACCACCAUCGGAAACUGUUUUUUUUUUCUUUUCUUUUUUUUAAGAUUUUAAUCCAUGUUUUAAAAACAAAUGUCCCGCUGAUUUCUUUUUUUUAAAGGGCUAUGUAUUUGUUUAAUCAGUCUUAAAUGCUCCUUUGAACAGCAUUACAUCAUUCUGGCUCUCUAUAGUAUUGUUUUUUAUAUACAAGACCUUAAAACAUUUAAAUUAAUAUUUGCAUGUAGUCCUAUAUUACACCUUGUAUGUUGUUACACCAUGUAUGUCUUUAGAUUUAAGUUGCCUUUUUACUUGUGGUAUGAGUACAGAAUUUAACCGCAAUAUUGUCUUUUAUUAUCAAUGUGUUUAUAUGUGCUUCUUUCUUGUCCCCCCCCCCCCA